AUGUACACACACGCUUCACGAGUUGAAGUGUCGAGAAUAGAGUUUCGAUUAUUCGAGAGAGGCGUUACUAUCGACUGGAAAUGACGAAGCAUCGCGUCUCGAAACCUCCGGCGGCCCUUCCUUUUCCGGUGCGAUGUGCCACGGGUCUUUGGGUAAUAUUUUUCGUCUUUCAUUCUGGUCAUUAUACGUUAGUUCCAUAUCCUCCGAAAGCGCAGGCUGAUUUUCAUUGGAACGGGUAACGCUUAGCUCCAUUAGAACUAUAUUUUUUUUUCUUCUAUUUUCUAUCUUAGAUAUAAGAGAAUUAUAGUUAAGGCAAUUACGUGCCUCACGAACACUACCCAAUCUGAUGGAAAACGGCAAAUUUUUUAUUCGCAUUACGUUCAAAAGAGGCCCACGCUUCACUUUGCAUGGUGUCAUCAUACAUACGGCUAUUCGUAUAAGUUAGUAUUCGUAAACUAAGAUUGCCUCGUUCCGAGUGUGCAUUGUUUCGUAAAUUGUGACCUGUAGAAAUUAAGGUCCCUGAGCUCGUUAAAUAUUGUGCCAUCAUGUCGAUAAAAAUAUUAGUGGUAGUAUCUCGGAAGAAUUUUUUGUGAUAUCAUCAAAACGCUUAUGUUCGAAUUGUAAAAGUUUGUGUCAAGUAGACAUACACGAGAAACGUAAUAUUAAUUUCUUCGAUCGAAACGUCAACGAGAUACAUAAAAGAGAUCUUACGUAAUAUUUUUUAUUAGCUUUACGACGUUUUACGACAACUAAGUUCAAAUUUAUUGGAUUUUUCUUUUUAUACAUGUAUGUGUGUACAUAUAUAUCUAUAUAUAUAUAUGUGUGUACAUAUAUAUAUAUAUAUGUAUGUAUGUAACAUUGAUACGUAUAUUUUUUUUCUUUCUCGUCAAAUUUCGUACGUGAAAUUAUUAUGUUAGUAAAAAAACAUGUUAAAGAAUCUCGUCCACAUAACGAAAUCCUUUAUGUAGUAUACGUGACUGUUGCGUCGUAAGAUUUCAUGUUAAUUGCGCAUUUGACUGAAUAAUCGAAAAACUGACGCUGUGCAUUCUGGGUAAAAUUUCCGUGAGUAAUAAAAAUGGCUGUCUAACAACGAUUUCCGUUUCGCACAUUGGUUUUUUUCGACUACCAAGCAAAAAGAAAAGUUUUAGAUCUAGUAUUAAUAGUAAUAUUAAAUAAAUCUGACUAGAUUUUUUCUUUUCCAAAUUUUCUUUUAAAAUGAUAAAUUUGUCGAUAUGUCAAAUUUAUUUGAAAGAAAACUAUCGAGGGGGAUGGCGGGAAGGGUGCGCUGUAGUCGACUGGUAGGGGACAGGCCGAGCGUUGCAUGAUGGGAAGACGGAUGGGGGAGGGCGAAAGAACGAGCGGAGUUCACAAAAUGGAGGCCAAGCACAGGCCUGUGAACAUAUAGUACGUGAAAAUUCAAUAAUUUUGCACGAUGUCACGACGCUCUACAUCAUUAGUCGAUUAAUAUUGCGAACACGUGUGCACGGAUUAGUUUUUUUGUUAAAUUAAUGUGAAUUUGUGCGUGGUGCGUCAGUUAUUCGAAGUUCAAUGCGACGCGUAGACGAAACGAUGCAGAAAACCAUUGAAUCUGAAUCUGGUAAGGAAUCUGGAUCUGACUCUGAAAACGAGAGUAAAAGUGACAGUUCCUCAUCUGGAAGUAAUUCAGGAUCUGCUUCUGCUACAGAUAGUUCACACAAUUCGUGGAAUUCAGAGAGUUCAGAAUCAGAAUCUGAUGAAUCAGAAAAUAGACGGCCACCACCUAGUAAAUCUUUAAACAGGCGAGCGGUACAAAAAUCUAAAGAAAAAGCUAGAGCACGAAAGAAGCGUAUCUCUGAAUCUUCUGAUAAUUCUUCGUUUGAUAGCGAUGAUAACAGAAGGCAAGUUACGAGAAGAACGGGUACUGCAGUUAGUUAUAAAGAAGAAAGCGAAGAAGGUACUGAUAGCGAAGAUUUGGUGGAAAUUGAUGAGACGACAACUACGAAUGCAGAACCUGAUAAUGCGGAAACGGUUGAAAGAAUUUUGGGACAGAGAAGAGGAAAAAAGGGUGUUACAGGAAAUGUCACCACAAUUUAUGCAGUAGAAGAAAAUGGUGAUCCCAAUCCAAAGGAUUUGAAAACAGAGGAGACUGAAACACAAUAUUUAAUUAAGUGGAAGGGUUGGUCGCAUAUACAUAAUACGUGGGAAUCAGAAGAAUCUUUAAAAGCACAAAAGGUUAAGGGAUUAAAAAAGUUAGAUAAUUUUAUAAAGCGCGAGCGAGAAAUUAAACAAUGGAGAGAAUAUGCAGGACCAGAGGAUAUAGAUUAUUUUGAAUGUCAGUUAGAAUUGCAACAAGAACUUUUAAAAAGUUAUAACAAUGUGGAAAGAAUUAUUGCUGAAUAUGAAAAGCCAGAUUCAGAACAUCCCGAUUAUUAUUGUAAAUGGGAAAGUUUGCCGUAUGCCGAGGCAACAUGGGAAGAUGGCGCAUUAAUAAUUAAAAAAUGGCCAGUAAAGAUAAAAGAAUUCCGAGACAGAGAAGAUUCAAAAAGGACACCAAGUAAACAUUGUAAAGUGCUUAAAAUCAGACCUAAGUUUCAUCAAUUAAAAGGACAGCCAGAAUAUAUGGGUAAAGGAAAAGAUUUAGUUUUAAGAGAUUACCAAAUGGACGGAUUAAAUUGGAUGAUCCAUUCUUGGUGCAAGGAAAAUAGUGUUAUUUUAGCAGAUGAAAUGGGUCUUGGAAAAACCAUACAAACCAUAUGCUUCCUUUAUUAUCUAUUUCAUACUCAUCAACUUCAUGGACCGUUUUUAUUAGUAGUACCUCUUUCAACAAUGACUUCCUGGCAAAGAGAAAUGGCCCAGUGGGCACCCGACAUGAACUUUGUUACGUAUUUGGGUGACGUAACAUCCCGAAAUGUCAUAAGAGAAUACGAAUGGUGUUAUAGUUCAAAACGAUUAAAAUUUAAUGCAAUACUUACCACGUAUGAGAUAGUACUUAAAGAUAAAGCAUUUUUGGGUGCCUUAAAUUGGGCAGUACUUUUAGUGGAUGAAGCUCACAGAUUAAAAAAUGAUGAUUCACUUCUUUAUAAAGCUUUAUCCGAAUUUCAUACAAAUCAUCGUCUUUUAAUAACGGGUACUCCAUUACAAAACAGUUUGAAGGAGUUAUGGGCGUUACUUCAUUUCAUAAUGCCCGCUAAAUUUAAUUCUUGGGAAGAAUUUGAAAAGGAACACGACAAUGCUGCCCAAAAAGGUUAUUCUAAGUUACACAAACAAUUAGAACCUUUUAUCUUAAGGCGUGUUAAAAAGGACGUGGAGAAAUCAUUACCUGCGAAGGUCGAGCAAAUUCUACGCGUAGAAAUGACUUCUUUGCAAAAACAGUAUUACAAGUGGAUAUUGACAAAAAACUACAAUGCCUUGCGCAAGGGUGUUAAAGGUUCUACUAUGACCUUUCUCAACAUAGUAAUAGAACUUAAAAAAUGUUGUAAUCAUGCUUUUUUAACGAAACCUACUGAAAGUGAAAGAAAAGAUAAUAAUGAUGACUAUUUACAACAAUUGAUUAGAGGUUCAGGAAAAUUGGUCCUUUUGGAUAAACUGUUAGUGCGACUUCGUGAAACUGGACAUAGAGUAUUAAUAUUUAGUCAGAUGGUAAGGAUGUUAGAUAUUCUUGGGGAAUAUUUGCAAAAACGACACUUUCCUUUUCAACGAUUAGAUGGAAGUAUAAAAGGAGAAUUGAGAAAACAAGCAUUAGAUCAUUUUAACGCCGAGGGUUCGCCAGAUUUUUGUUUUUUAUUAUCAACCAGAGCUGGUGGACUCGGUAUCAAUCUUGCCACGGCUGAUACCGUGAUCAUCUUUGAUUCAGAUUGGAAUCCACAAAAUGAUUUACAAGCUCAAGCAAGAGCCCAUAGAAUUGGACAAAAAAAUCAAGUUAACAUUUACCGAUUGGUAACUAAAAAUUCUGUUGAAGAAGAAAUUGUUGAACGAGCGAAACAAAAGAUGGUUCUUGAUCAUUUGGUUAUACAAAGAAUGGAUACAACUGGAAGAACGGUUUUAGAUAAAAAAAAUGCGGGGACCAAUAAUAACCCAUUUAAUAAGGAAGAUUUAAAUGCUAUAUUAAAAUUUGGGGCUGAAGAAUUGUUUAAAGACGAGGAGGAUGGGGAUGAAGAACCUACGUGCGACAUCGAUGAAAUUUUAAGAAGAGCCGAGACUAGGGACGAAGGGCCUACUACCGUAGGGGACGAGCUUUUGUCGGCAUUUAAAGUUGCCAGUUUCGCUGCAUUCGAGGAGGAAUCGGAACCUGUUAGUCAACCUAACGAUAAUGACGAUGAAAGUAAAGACUGGGCUGAGAUAAUACCAGAAAAUUUUCGGAAAAAGGUCGAAGAAGAAGAAAAGUCUAAGGAAAUGGAGGAUCUUUAUCUUCCGCCAAGAAGUCGUAAGACGCUACAACAAAUCAAUCAAACUGGUGAUGGUAGAGGUAGAAAGAGGAAAAAGACGCCGGAUGAUAGCGAGGAAGGUGAAGAGUCUGGAAGCGAAGUGGAAGGUAGCGACGAUGACAGACCUAAGAAGAGAGGUAGACCAAGGGUUACGCCUCGCGAGAAUAUAAAAAGUUUCACCGAUGCGGAAAUUCGAAGAUUCGUCAAAAGUUAUAAGAAAUUUACAGCGCCUUUAAAAAGAUUGGACGAUAUCGCUGCGGACGCCGAAUUGCAAGAAAAACCUAUGUCAGAAUUACGUUAUUUGGGUGAACAGUUGCAAUCACGUUGCGAAGCUUGCUUAUCCGAAUUUGAAAGUACAGCGAAAGAGAAUAAAGGCGAGGAAGAGGGUAAAGGACCUGGUCGUAAAAGAGGAAGAGGUCCUACGUUUAAAAUGGGCGGUGUUAUGGUAAAUGCAAAAUCAUUUUCUGCUGCUGUAAAAGAAUUGGAACCACUCGAUCAAGCACUUCCGUCGGAUGCCGAACAAAGAGCCAAUUGGCAUCUUGAUAUUAAAGUUAAACCGGCUAAUUUCGAUUGCGAUUGGAAUUCCGAAGAUGAUUCUAAACUUCUAAGAGGCAUAUAUCAGCAUGGUAUGGGCUCUUGGGAAGCUAUUAAAACAGAUGCCAGUUUAAAGCUCGGUGAUAAAAUUCUUCCCAAUGGUAGUAAGAUUCAAUGUAAACGGGUGACCGCUCGUGCUGAGUACUUGUUAAAGGUUCUUAAAAAGCAAAUGGAUUUCAAGCAUGGCGUGACACGAACAAGGAAACCUAGAAAACCAAAAGAAGUAAAAACAGCAAUUACUAAAGAAAUAAUAGAAGAAAAUGAGAGUUCAGGAGAAGAGAGUAAAAAGCUUAAGACAAAAAUCGAUAAAGUACCAAUAAAGAAAGAAGAAGACGUUAUUGUUAAAAAGGAAAUUAAAGAGGAACCCGAGGAGGCGUCUGAAGAGAAGAAGAAGGAGAAAAAGGUUAAGAAGGAUAAAAAGGAAAAUAAGAAGACUAAAAAGAAUAAACAAACUGCAGGACCAAUGCAUUUCACGGCAAAUAAUGAACCACGAGCUCUUGACGUUCUUGGUGAUUUAGAUCCAUCUAUAUUCAAUGAGUGCAAGGAGAAGAUGCGUCCAGUGAAAAAAGCUUUAAAAGCUUUGGAUAGACCAGAUCAAUCAUUGAGCGAAGCAGAGCAAGUAGCCCAUACACGCCACUGUCUUGUUCAAAUCGGAAAUCAAAUUAAUACUUGUCUUGCAGAAUACAAGGAUCCUGAGCAAAUUAAAGAAUGGCGAAGUAAUUUGUGGUAUUUUGUAUCGAAAUUUACAGAAUUUGAUGCUAAAAAGUUAUAUAAAUUAUAUAAACAUGCAACGAGAAAAGGUGGCGGAGACAGUAAUGUAAGUGUAACAUCUAGUCCUGAAAAGAAGGAAGAAACAAGUAAUUCAAAGAAACAUGAAAAAUCGUAUGACAAACAUAACGACAAACAAUUAGCGGAUUCCAGUAAUAAAGAUCGGCAAAAUAAGCGUAGAAUCGAUGAUAUAGAAGAUAGUUCUAACAGCAGUAUCCCAAGUAAGAAACAUGUUACAGCUAUUAAUGCGAUGAGCAAUAUUAGCAACACCUCAGCUGUUACUAUCGGUGCUAUUACAAUUACUCCUAUAACGUCAACCGCAAAUUCUACGUCGAGUACAACUAAUACAACGGAAACGUCAAGGCAUAAAGAACAAAAAGAUUCAAAGUCGAAAGAUAUGAAACGAGAUCGGGAACGAGACAGAGAUAGAGACAGAAGUCACAAUGAUAGAGGCAUGGACAGAUUAAAUUGUGGAAAGGAUGAACGGAUCAGAAGGGAUAGCGGUGGUUAUAAUAUGGGCGGACAUUAUAGUGGAAGUAGAGAAGACGAUCAUUGGAUCUUACCUAGGGAUACAAGAGAUAUGAGAGAUGGAAGAUUUACUGACCACAAACGUGAUAGAUUUGAAUCUUAUGGACGUCUGUCUGGUGGAUAUCAUCGAGAUAGAGAUAGAGAUAGAGAUCGUGGUAUGCAUAUAAACGAUAAAAGAAGUAAUUUUUACAGGUAUCCAUCUGGGCCACCGAGCUAUGGAUACGGUCCAGGUAGCUACGGAAGUGGAGGUGGCGGUGGGUAUGCACCAAAUGACAUGCCACCAAGCCAUUUUAGAGGUCGAGGAUAUCCAGGAGAUAGUUAUUCUAACGAAUGGCGACCUAGUAAGGAUUAUAGAAGAGAUUAUGAUAGGAGGCCGCCACCACCAAAUGCCAAUUCCUAGUGCUCCUUUUGGGCGUUCUUAUGUAUUCUAAAACGGUUAUAAUUCCGUUGUAACGUCAUAUAAUUUUACACGACACAGCACUUAUAGUAGUGCUAAUUAACAGAAAGGAAAUGUGUGUUAAAUGUAUUAAAUUCAAUAUAUAAUCCUUUCUGUGAUUUAGCACCACUUAUGACUUGUAGCUAUGUAAAAAGUCGAUUCCACUGCUUACUUAACACGCAACAAAAUAAUUUUACAAUGAUCAACAGGUGAUCGUUUCAGGAAAACUUUAAAGAUAGAUUGUGCAAAAAAUGAUAAACUGAUAUAUGUAUAUAUAUGAUAUAUAUAUAUAUAUAUAUAUAUAUAUAUAAAUAUCAGAUAUAUCAUUAAAACAUAAUUAUAACUUUUUUUAUAUGUUAGAGCUUUUAUGAGAGAUAUUCGUAACAGAGAUAAUACGCCAGUGAUUUCUAUCAAAUGAAAAAUUACGUUCAAAAGUCUUCUAUAAUUUAGAAGACAUGUCUAAUAUCUACUGUUAUCUAUACGUAUAACAAUUGUUUAACGCGAGUAAUUCUAUAGAACUGAGUUAUACAACAGUGGAUAUAGAUAUAGUUUAUACUGUCAUAUAUCGCUCCAAUUAACAAACCAAUUGUUUGAAACAAACAAAAUGCCUUCCCAUCCAUUUCAUCUCUCAUAUAUUUUGCAUUUCCAAUUCUUUAUGUGUAUAGGUUCAUUUUGGGUGUGUUACUUAGGUAGUAUCAUUCAUCAUUCAAAAAUCACUUCAUUUUCAAGAUUACUCCUUUGAUAUUUUAAGAUAUUAGUUCUUAAUGAAAUAAAUUUGUAUUAAGGCAUGAUUUCAUUGCCAGUUGGCUGACAGUCCAUAUAAUAUGAUGAGCAUGUUCCAAAAAUUUUAUCGACUUCUGUCAUAUAUAAAUUUUUGCAUUUUUCAUAUUGCGUUAUAAUUUCGAUUGGAAAUGUGUUGGUAAAGGAAAAAUAAUAAGUCUAAUAUUUUGAUUAAAAUCAUACAUUGAAGUAUAACAAUAUGUCUUGUACCAGACAAAUCUAAGAUUUAUUAAAAUUUAUUGUGUCGUCGAACAAAUAGCUAUAUCAUAUACAUACUAUUCAAAGCGAUAACUCAAUUUUGAUCACUUUUUUUUCUAUUGAUUUUUAUAAAACUGUAUAUCUUGAUAUAAGAUAUAGAUAACUAUUCUCUACGUUUGAGUUAACUCCUUUAAAAUACAAGUUUGUAUCCUACCUGAAAAUAAGAGUGUGAAAUAAUGUAAAUAUUAGGAUAAGAUUAAUGGUUGUAUUCUAUUUAAUUGUAGGGCCUACAAGAGAGAUUGUACAACAGUUUCCUUUAAACUUGAUUAAAAUAAUAGGAAGAAUUGUUCAUCUCUCUCAGCCCUGCUUCAAUAAAAGAUGGAGGGAUAUAAUUAGAGAUAUGUAUAAGAAGAAAAAAAAAUUUUAAUUAUAUAAUUAUAAGACACUCUGAAA